AGCUAACACUUAUUUUUGUUGUUUUUUAUCUCUCUAUUCACAGCUUUUUUAUGGCGAUCGAGAAUGGUGAAAGCACCAGUGACGUGAAAACUCCAUUUACCAAUCAAUGCCAGGGUUAAGUCUUAGUGGAGGGAAUUGUAUAGCUAGACGAAGACACGCUGUUAGAAUAGAACCUUUUGUUAUAGGCGAUACCAUAGAACAGAUCUGAUUGGGAAUUCGUGCUUUUUUACCUUUCUUAUAUACAAUUUAGACUGAAUUGAGUAACUAUGAUAAUAAUGAAUAUCUUUAGCCAGGCGAAAGAGCGGCAUUAAGGUGGAAUAUUGUCAUAAAAUACUCCAUAUUGACCGGCAGCUUAGAACGUUUACAAACUUUUAUUGUGUUGUAUAUGGAUUAAAUAUUUAUAUUCAUCUACAUUAAACGUUGAUCAAUAAAUGUAUGUAUGGACGUUUCAUCUACAUUGUUAUCAGAAAGGUUUGUGACAUUCGACUAUCGUACAACAGAAUGAAAUAACAAAAUACUGACAGAAAAAUAUUUCUACACGUAAAAGUUGAAGUUCGCCUUAAUGGACGUCAUCUAUCAACAACACGAGUUAAUAUGUGGACAAAAAUUAAAUGAUUGUAGUUUGUACAAAAAGUUUUAUUUACAAAUUAAGAAGUUUGGAAAUAACGAGAGGAAUUACAGUGGAACUGUUCAGCAUAGCACAGAAGAUAAAUUCAACAUAUAAAGUGCACAUGUGACUAAUGGCAAACGAUUUCAUAAUCACACUUUAUCUUUAUUGACUAAAAUAUCAUGUUUGGUGAACAAGUUUAUAUUUAAUGCUUUGCAUAGUUAUGAUCACAGAUUACUUUGUCAUUUGAGUGGGUUUUCAUCUUGGUGGCGCCUUAUGAAUAUGCAUGAAUCUAAACCCCCUUUUUUAAUCUCGGUAAUUGUCAAGACAAUACGUAAUGAUAUAUCAUCCAACAUUUAAUGGUAAAUUGAAGUGUUUAUUGUGCAAAUUUCUAGUGGCUAGAUAAAACACUCUGUUAACAUAACUGCAGCCGUUCAGAAGAAUUUAAUAGAUUUUUAUGUUCAAAUGGAAAAGUGUUGAAUCUAGGUGUGAAUCAGUCUGACCUGUUUCAGUUUUAAUUGCCUGAAUAGAAGACAACCUGUGAGGGAAUUUAUUUUACAGCGGGGCUUUCUCAGCAAGAAGAACGUUUUUCAAUUAUAUUCUCCUUUCAAACCAUGCUUUUGUGUUCCUUGUCUAAACUAUUUAGAUUUUAAUUAUCUGAAAUCGAAGAAGAGGAUGUCCUGACAAUUUUGUUAGCCUCCACAGUAGAAAGGAAGAUACCAUUUGGAAACGAGGAAAGAAUCACUUGUCCCGUCCUGUUCCAAUUAAAUGGGUUUUUAAAAGUCGGUGGCAAUAUUAAGGCGGAGACGAUUCAUCACAUAUGAAAAUCCUAUCAUAAUCUACUUUGUUUCUUUGUGAAAAUGGGUUUCGGCGAUCGCUUACAUAAACAAAAAUAAAUGGAAACGCUCUAAAAGGAUAAAUAUUUAAAUUCAGCCUACUCUCAGACUGACGAUAAUGUAUAUCAACAUUCCUUAUCGACCAACUAGAAGUUUGAAAACACUCUACAGAGACCAAAAAACAUUUUAGUUUCUUGCAUAACCUACAGACGCACUGUUGCUGUUCUAUUAACCGUAUCACGUCGCUAUAGAAAUCCGAUAACUUAAUACAAGAUAGCCCGUAGUGUUAUAUCUAUAAGAUUAGUCAUAGUCAAUUGCGUGGCUAAAGUUCACAUUUUUAUAUGUUUGGAUUGAGAAAUGAACCAGUGGGCUUUCGAUCGCCUCAUGCUGUCCAGAAUAGUUACAAACACGACGGCGAUGCCAACACUUCAGCGCCUAUAGACAACCUUUUACCCCUUCCCAAUUGGCAAACAGCAAGGCUAUUGUGGAAAGGUGGUUGGCAAAUCCAUAUUUAUGGAUUUUCAAUACUUUUUUUUCUUCUCUCCCUCUUCUGUGCAUUCGUUUGUGUGCGAUUUAGACAACGAAUAAGCCGACUAAAAGCGGUACUCAAUAUUACCAUUCUCUUGUUUGUUGCUGGGAUGUUGCGCGUGUUUUAUUUGUCUGUCGAUCCUUAUGGAUACUCUAAAGUUCUGUCCCCUGUUUUAGUCGGAGUGUUGUCCCAGUUGAUUUAUCCACUCCUAUGUGCAUCUUACGCUCUUAUUCAAAUAAUGUUAUUACGAAUAACACGACUUGAUGUUGGAAACAGCAAACUUCGUAAUUCAACUCAUCUCUUCGCGUCAACAUUGACUUAUUUAUUUAGCAUCGUCUUAAUAGAGGUGAUUGUUUUCUACGAAAAUAAGGCUAAAAUCUUGUUAAUCAUAGAUAACGGUUUGUUUAUUGCCAUGGCUCUUUAUUUGUGUAUCAGUUUCAUUUGUAAUGGAUUCCGUUUAUCACAGUACGCGACGGAAACCAGGCGAGUUCGAAAGCAACUAGAUCAAUUUUGUGUUAAUAAAAAGACGCAUCCGAAAAUCAGUUUAAGUCGUUCGUCAACGUCUUUGCGACUAGCACGACCUCGUUUGAAGAUCACUGAUGAGGAUCGGAUGACUAUAACAAUCGCGACAGAUGCGGAUACGUCAUCGACAGAUGGCGACACAACGAGCAAUUCUUACGUCCGUAUACGGAAGCGCCGCCAUAAAAGAUCUUCAAAUGUACGGAAGUUACCAACGUCGCCAUCUGGUACCCGAAGUGAUCUGUUUGAUUCAACUGGUUUGAUGUCUGACGAGUCUGGAAUGGCGGGGAUAUCCGAUACUUCUGGUGGAUUGGAUUUCCAAAGCCCUACUUCCGUAAACAAACUUUAUAUCGAUUUUAAACAAUUGGACGAUUCGGGUGAGAUUUCCCGUCAAUUGAUUAGUGAACAGUCGGCAGCAGAAACUUGUUUACAAGAAGGAAGCGAUGGCGAAUGUCCCGCAGCAAGCAGUGAACUGUAUCCGGUCGAAAAUGGCUACUUGGCCGAUACUGAAAUAGUAAUGAACUCCCCGAAGCUAUCAAUUCAGACUAAUUUCCAAAUUUCGCAGGAAGGAGAUGAUGUUAGUUUGGACCAUGAUAAUAUUAAUUUUAUUCUAGGGGAUAAUUUAAAAUCCCAGCCAUCAUCCAUAAGUUUAUAUCGUAUUAGACAGGGCUAUAUGAUACAGAGAGCUAUUCAAUUAACAUACUGUACAACCUUUAUGUUUUUGUUUGCCAUAUUACUCCAGUUGUAUACGGUGUUCGGGGUUUAUGGUGUACUGAACAGAAAUUAUCAGCCUGAACCGUGGCCCUGGUUUACAUUCCAAACUUUAUUCAGAUUGACAGAGUUAUCCAUAGGAUUCCUGUUAAUGGCCGUUUUAUAUUUAGUUUUAAAUCACAGAAACUCCCGUGGACGUAGAAAACCACACAAAAAUAUGGCACGGAACUGUGUUGUGUAAACAAGAAGAAUAAAAAUAAAUAACUCAUAAGCAGGUGCAUUGUGAUUGAGGAUGGUUGUGAUUUAUUUUAAUAAAGGCGCCGAUAAAAAAUAAAGUUAACUGCUUAUUUCAACAUUUUGAUUUAAGGCUAAUCCGUACUUCAUUGCCAUUUAGGCAGCAAAAUCUGCGACAGUGCAGUCCAGGAUUUUAUUUGUUACAUGCCAGGCAUUUACUAACGCAGGCUUUGGGGCGCCUUACGAUUUAUAAUCGCAUAGUCCGUUUUGAGCUUGUCGUUAAUAUAACAAAAUUGUAUUUUUGUGGAGUAUCCGAAAUCCAAGAUAGUUAGGAGCAGCUUUAACAGGUAAAUAUUAAACGCACGUGUUUUGGAUGAUUGACAUUUUAAAAAAAAACAUUUGAUGUACUUACAAACUUGCCUGAACUCACAUCGUAAAGUACGGAUUACAUCUACGCCCACCAGUAUCAGUCGAAUAAAACCAGGCUUACUUCCAGUCCCACCGUGUAAUGCUAUUGGUUUUUUUCUGUUGUAAUUUUUGAUGAUUUAAUGGUUUGAACACAGAUUUAGAAAUCGUUAAUUUACAUCCUGACUGUAAUUAUCGGUAAACAGAAACCAUUUGUUAUUAAUCGAACUGUUCUAAAAUAAUCAUUCCUUGUGUUAAAUGAACUUGAAAUUAUUCAGUGGGUCUACGUGUUUCAAGGAAGUCCAAAUUACUAUAUAGAUUUUGUUACACGCUGUAAUAUAGAUUUUUUUAAAUUCGGAGAUGAUUAUUCCUAUAAUAAUUUCAUCUAUAAAUUGAUUUAUUAUGUAAUUACCAUGUUUACCAUGAUGUUAGAUCUUUUAUUAGAGUAAGCAGUUAGAUUUAUAUAUAGCUCUGUCAAUGGAUUGUUUUUUCGAUUAGAAAAGUGGAAAACACUUGAUGAGGCUCUGUGGUUUUUUUUUCUUAUAUUAAUACUGCACUCGACAAUUCACCUUUGCUAAAAUUUUCAAAAGCUUUCUUCUUCCUGUGUGACAAGCACUGACCCCGUUGUUCAUUAUUUUAUAUGAUUACCAAAUAAAAAUGUAAAAGGUAUUAAUGAAAGUCAACUAUUGCUUUUCUAAAAUCCUUGAUAUUUUGUUAUUCUACACACUGGUGACGAACUUUCGAGUUCGUUGAUGGGAAUUAGGACUUGUGCCAGCAUUUGCACACUAUUUGCAACCAAUACGACACAAGACUAUAAUAUUGUACGGAUACGCCGGUUUGACUCUGUGUACAUGGGAGGUAAGUCACCAGGCUCCCCCCCACUGGUCUUCUCCGGGUUGUCGCUUUUGCAAAAGUGUCACGUGAACCAGUGAAAUAAAAUAUUAUUGAUGUUUCUCCAGAAACGACCUGGCUAUUUUCUGUGGGCAUGCAUUAAAGCCAAUUUUCUAUCAUUUUCGGUUAUAAUUUUGUGUUUGCUAUGGUUGUGACUACAUCAUUAUUGUAACAAAUUAUGAUCUUGCAUUACUUGAUUUUUGUUUUUAAAAUAUGCAAUAAAAAGUAUUUUAU